GGCACACCUGGGCAAGGAGGCACAGCUAGGGGCACACCUGGGCAAGGGGGCACACCUGGGGGCACACCUGGGGGCACACCUGGGGGCACUCCUGGGGGCACACCUGGCUCAGGGGUUAUACCUGGCCUGGGGGGCCCAUCUGAGUCAGGGGGCUCACCUGGCAUGAGGGGCACACCUGGGCAGGAAGGUUUAGGGGGGUCCCACCUGGUGCUGGCGCCGGGGAUGGAGAAAUGCGGCCGUGCCGAAAAUCCCACCCGGGACCCCCAAAAUCCUCCCCAAAAUUCCCCUCAGGAUCCCCAAAAUCAUCCCCAAAAUCCUUCCCAGGAUUGCCAAAAUCAGCCCCGAAAUUCCCCCCAAGAUCCCAAAAAUCUUCCCAAAAAUUCCUCCCAAAAUCCCGAAAAUUCCUCCCAAAAUCCCGAAAAUUCCUCCCAAAAUCCCGAAAAUUCCUCCCAAAAUCCCGAAAAUUCCUCCCAAAAUCCCCCAAAUCCACCCCGGGGCCGGGUCAGCCACCUGCGGAGCCGCUUUGUCCCCGAGCCAGGGGGGGACGAGGGGCCUGGGGGGGUCACCGUGGGGUCACCUGGGGGUCAAGGGUCAGCCAAGGACACGGGAGGGGUCAAAGGUCAUGGAGUGACCGCCAGCCUGGGGACAGCGGAGGGACAGGGGACGGUCAAAGGUCAUGGAGUGACCGCCGGCCUGGGGACAGCGGAGGGACAGGGGAAGGUCAAAGGUCAUGGAGUGACCGCCGGCCUGGGGACAGCGGAGGGACAGGGGACGGUCAAAGGUCAUGGAGUGACCGCCGGCCUGGGCACAGUGGAGGGACAGGGGAAGGUCAAAGGUCAUGGAGUGACCACCGGCCUGGGGACAGCGGAGGGACAGGGGACGGUCAAGGGGAUGGUCAAGAACUGGGCAGUGGUGGAGGGCCGGAGGGGUCAGGGGUCAGCGGGGACAUUGGGGACAGCGUCCGGCCACGAGCCCAAGCCCUCGGUGACCCCUGUGGUGACCACGGUGACCACCAGCCCUGUGACGUCACCGGUGUCACCAGAGGGGGGUGGCGCUGUCCCUGUGUCCGGUGACGCUGCCCAGGUGUCCGGCGGCUCUGUCCCCAGGGCUGGGGUCACUGUCCCCACACCUGGUGACGCUGUCCAGGUGUCCGGUGCCACCGUCCCCGUGUCCAGCGGUGUCCCCACGUGCGGCGCCACUGUCCCCACGUGCGGCGCCACUCUCCAGGUGUCCACCUCCCUCCCAGACUCCGGUGCCACCGUCCAGGUGUCCGGUGCCACCGUCCAGGUGUCCACCUCGGUCCCCUCAGCCCCCCGGCCGGUGUCACCUCGCCGUGACCCCCCGUGUCCCCCGCCGUGUCCCCACCCCGCCCUGCAGCGCCGCAGCGGCAACACCAUCACCGUGCGGCCGCGCCGCGCCGCCGGCCCCACAGGUGACCCCGCGGGUGUCCCAGGUGGCCCCCCGGGUGUCCCCCCGGGUGGUGGCCCCGGGGGCGUGGCCGAGCCCCCCAAGAAGCGCUACCCCACGGCCGAGCAGAUCCAGGUGAUCGGGGGGUACCUGGCGCUGCCCCGCUCCUGCCUGGCCAAGGGAGAGCCCCGGCGCAAGAAGCUGCAGAUCUGGUUCAGCGAGCGCGACCUGGAGCGAACCUUCUGCUACCCCUCGGAGGGGGCGGCGCUGGCGGCCUGGGGGGGACCCCCCGAGGAGCCCCCCGGCGGGACCCCCAGCCCGGGACCCCCCAGGACCCCCCAGGAGGAGGAGGAGGAGGAGGAAGAGCCCCCUCCCCCCAUGCCGGGGGGGCUGGGGGGCCGCGCCCUGCUCGUGGAUGAAUCCUGCCGUCGGUAACCCCGGCCCAGCCCCCCCGGGACCCCCCCGGAGGGGCCGGACACUCGGACAGGGCCGGACACACGGACAGAGCUUCAACCCCCCCCAAAACCCCCUUGGAGGGGGGUUCCAGAACAUUCCACCCCCCCCCGGCGGGGUCUGGGGGGGUUUUUUUACCCCAUUUUUUAGGUUUUUAGUACCGGGUUUUUUUUUUAAUUAUCCCUAACGAGGUUUUUUAGCCUAAUUAAAGGGUUUUAUACCUGGG